GGAAGUCCCGGGAGCUGUGAAGUCUCCACUCCCUUGAUACGCGGGUUAAAGUUUGUGAUCUUACCUAUACGGCGGUAACCGAUGAUAAUCCUCCCCCCUUUAUUGAGUGUUAGAUUCAGAUGACAGAUUCACUGUGUGAUGGUGGAUGGAAAUUUUAGGAAACAUCAGAUACUUCAUGUUAUAACAUUGCUUCAAGAUGUUUUUCCUAGAGUGUUUUUUAUAGAGAUUAUCGCCGAUCUUGCUUUCGUUUCGAUUUUACAAAUAUGUAUCGGGUUUUGUCGCUGGUUUUUACACUACAGUUUUACUUCCAAACAACAUCAGGAUUUCUGUCCAUUUUGAGGUUCUGUAAUGAAACUUCUUCGUUUACCUUCUCGACAAGGUGUGUAUCGUGUUCUGCAAAUGCAGGAGUGGAAUGUCCCACAGAAACAGUCAAACUCACCAAGCACCGCGGAAUGUCCGACUGUACCUACACGAUCAAUUUCGCUGGUAUUGAAUUUUCAUCAGGAGGCUGUCGACAUGUAUGUCAAGAGAUGGCGCAGAUCCCGAAAUGUUGUGAGGGCUACUGGGGAUCUAACUGCGACCGGUGUCCGGGUAUGCAUGGCCGGGUGUGUUCAGGUCACGGGGAAUGUAACGAUACAAUGAUAGGAACGGGCACUUGUCAGUGUCACGAAGGUUUUACAGGAUACGGCUGUGAAAAAUGUACAAACGAAACUUUGUAUGGACCAACAUGCGAGGAAGUUUGUGACUGUGUAAAUGGAGUUUGUGAUGGCGGAAUUCAUGGAACAGGGGCAUGUGACUGUGAAUCAGGAUACGAGGGGCCACGCUGUGACCAAUGGAUCGAGAAAUGUUCCAAUCUAUCUUGCGAUGAGAAUUCAAGGUGUGCAAGAAUCCAUGGUUACGUCAUGUGUUCAUGUAACCAUGGUUACGAAAAAAGACCUCCUAAUAAUACCUGCGAAGAAAUAAACGGUUGUCUUAGAAGCCCAUUAUGCCACGAGAAUGCUAUCUGCACACCCGCUGGUCCCUUGCAGUAUAACUGUACAUGUAUCGACGGUUACCGUGGAGAUGGAUAUGAUUGUGAACCUAUUGAUCCAUGUCAGGUGGACGAUGGCGGCUGCGUGCAGAACUCGUCACUGUGUGUUUAUUCUGGACCAGGACAGAGGGAAUGCCAGUGCAGUCCAGGUUACGAAGGAUACACGGACGGCGUGGGGUGUGAACUGAUCGAUGUUUGUGCCUUUACCGCCGGUCAAUGUCAUGAACACUCUACUUGUCGGACAGUAGGCCCUGACCAGUUUGAAUGCCGAUGCAAGCCUGGUUACGGAGGGGACGGCUUUGAAUGCUAUACUAAUAUAGUGGAUCGAGUGAAAGAACUGAACAAAGAGGACCCCGAACUGACGAAUACACUGUCACUAGCGGUACAAGUCCUGGAGAAUGUCUACUCAUCAGAGCUGAAGAAUCACGGGCCAUUUACUCUAUUCAUUCCAAAUGACGCAGGAUUCCGGACUAUACAGAACUUCGAAACGUUCCUGAAUGACACAGACCUCGCUCGACAAAUUCUCCGCCAACAUAUUGUAGUGGGUUCACUGACGUUGGAGGAUCUUCAGCAAAGUGAUGUGUUUUAUACACUACAAGGGGUACCGGCUCAGAUCAUGGUCCGGACGAAAAGACUGGACAUUCAGUACCGGUACAAGCUCCACGGGGCGGCUGUGCGGGCCUUGUUGGUGAAAUCGGACGUGAAAGCGGCAAACGGUAUCAUCCAUGUCACUUCCAAGAUGCUCACAAACUCCCCAAUGGUGUUGGGAAAUUCAAGUAGUUCUAUAUUGUCACUGAUUAAGGCAGAAGGGCGAUACAACAGACUACAGAUGCUGAUAGCGGCAGCAGGCAUGGAGUCGGAGUUUGAAGCCAGAAACAUCACUGUUGUCGUUUGCUCAAAUAACGCGUGGGACAUACUACCUGUCGGCACGUUGGAUUACUUUAUGUCAGAUCAGGGAAAAGACAAGUUACGGGUCGUCUUACGGGAUCACAUAUUCGAGGGUGUGAUAGAGGUUGCUGACCUGAUUAAUAGACGACAUAUCCGGUCUAAAGCUAACUCUUUUUUCCCGGUACAAGUGACUCCCGCGGGAGCCGUGAUGCUGGCAAAAAAUAUCAGAGUUGUACAAGCAGACAUACCUGCAAGGAAUGGCCUAUAUCAUCACUUAGACCAACUUCCUUUGCCAACGGAUAUUUAUAAUUAUCUACCUUUUGAAUGCAGUGAAAACCUCACCGAGGAAGUAAUUGGUCCGUGCGAUAGCUGCGACAAUUUUAAUGACAGUUGUCCCAACACCGACCAACCCGCUAGGGUGCAGAGCUGCCAAUUCUUUGAUCUUGUGUUGCUACGGAACAUUGACGGUUGUGCUAAAGUGUGCAACAGGACAACUGUGAAGAAGCAAUGUUGUAAGGGUUUCCAUGGCGACGAUUGUCAUCCUUGUCCAGGGGGCUUUUUUAACCCGUGUAAUGGUAAUGGAAAGUGUACAGAGUCGGGCACAUGUACGUGCUUCAGUGGAUUCACAGGUAAAGCAUGCCAACAGUGUGAAAUUGAAGACAAAUUUGGAGAAAACUGUACACAAAAGUGUACAUGCAUUCGUGGUCGUUGUGAUAAUGGGAUUAAAGGGACUGGCCAGUGCAAAAGAGGAACCUGUGCUCCAAACGUUCGAGGGAAGAAUUGCGACAAAACCGUGAAAAAAUGUCCCAGGGGAUUAUCUAAAUUAUGUCACGUGUACGCCUUUUGUCCCGCUGGAACAGUUGUUUCCCAAAUGCGCAGUAGUUGUACUUGUAUGCGUGGAUUUGAGGGUGAUGGCCACACGACAUGCAAUCCUAUUGAUCCAUGUAAACAACCCAAUAGAGGAGACUGUGAUCCACAGGCCAUCUGUAAGUAUUUGAUGCCUGGGUUUAGCAGCUGCCGAUGUCAUGAAGGAUGGGUUGGGACGGGCAAGUACUGUUAUCGCGGAACAGCAUGUGAUACACACCGCGACUGCCAUGAAAAUGCAGUGUGCAGGCUAAAGGUGCCUGAUAUGAAGACGUUAUGUACUUGCAAAUUGAAUUUUCAUGGCAAUGGAACACAUUGUAUACCUAACAAUAUGUGCAGAUGGAACAUGGGCGGAUGUGAUCCAAAGGCUGAUUGUACCCCACUUGGGCCUGGUACUAACAAUUGUACAUGCUGGGAUGGCUAUCGAGGCGAUGGGUACAGCUGCUCACCUACUAUUCUAAAGUUUAUAGAAGAUACUCCUGAACUGAGUAAACUAGCAGAACUUUUACAGGAUAUGCCAAGGGACGAAAACAUCCUACUGUCAUCCACAGAUCAGUACACUAUUUUCGCGCCAUCCAACACAGCCAUGGCCAUCCUGCUUUCCAGAUUACCUCCCCAUUACCUAGAGGAUCCUGACAGUCUGCUUUCUUUUCUUUUGUCAAAUAUGUUGGCAGGAUUGAAGAACACACAGGAACUUCUUGAAACAGUGGAUGGAUAUGACAAGUUUGAAACACUUACAGAUGGGUUUUUCUUACACAUUCACAACGUAAACGAUUCUCUUUUCCUGUCUGGAAAAAGAACAUCUAAACAAUGGUCCAGGAUAGUAGAGUCCCAUGAGACAGCGAACGGUUAUGUGCACAUUAUAGACAGGGCCAUUGAGACGCCCUUCUAUGCUGAGGAAUCCCCUGAUGUGAGAACGUUCUUUUCACAACAUCCAAAGUAUUCACGUUUUGGAAGUUUAUUGGAGAGCAAAUCAUUAUAUGAUGAACUACUGGAAAUGAAUGCUUAUACGCUGUUUGUGCCUAACAAUGACGUAAUAAGCAAGUACUACAAUGAGAAAGUCGUGAGUCAAGCUUUCCUAAGUUUCUAUCUGUUGCCGAAUAUCCGACUUACAGAGUCGUUUGAUGAUGGAGAGAUAUUGGACACCAUGCUUGGAUCUACUCACCCACUAAGUAUCCACGUAAGAGGUGACAUGGUGCUUGUCAAUGGAGUAUUGAUAUCCGAGCCGGAUAAACUAACUAUGGGGGGCGUGAUUCACGGAAUAAAUGGCCUACUUGUACCUACUCUCCACAGAUGUGACAUCGUGAACACUACAACUGCAUACGGGGAGUGUAAAAUCUGUGGAAGUGAUGACGAAUUACCCUGCCCCGAAGAAUAUAAAAUGAAAACAACGGGUAGACUGAUCAAAGCAUGUUUCUAUCGGAACAGGUUUCGCAUGGGAUGUCAGCGCAUCUGUGAGAAAAUUGAAUACAUAAGACAAUGUUGCUCUCAUUACUAUGGUUACGAUUGUCUUGAAUGUCCUGGAGGUCCGGAUUUCCCCUGCAAUGAUAAUGGCGUAUGUGACGAUGGUUUAGAUGGCAAUGGUACCUGUCAGUGCUAUCCUGGCUUCAGUGGAAAUGCAUGUCAGUUCUGUGAGGUUAACAACACCGUCCAAUCGUGUGGUCGGAGUUGCGCCUUUAACAAUGGCGGUUGUAGUCAGAAUGCGCACUGUGAUGAGUCGUCAGGGACCACAACAUGUAUUUGUAAACCGGGUUACAUUGGAGACGGAAGUGCUUGUGACGAACCUUGUGUGAUAAAAAACGGAGGAUGUCAUCACAACGCAACUUGUCAAUUUUUGAUGACUACUGGUGAUAUGAUAACUGGAUAUGUAAAUUGUACAUGUGCAGAUGGAAUGGAAGGGGACGGUCGUACUUGUAACUAUCCAACUGAAGCAGUUGCUGUCAUAAGUAAAAGUCGGACAGGAAUGGUUGUUGGUGUAACCGUCGCCGUAUUGGCAGUAUUGAUUCUUAUUGGUGUGGCCAUUGUCAUCUUUUUGAAGAUAAAACGAGAUUCUUCAGGUUUUCUGGAGGUUUGGAGCAAAGUGAGACGGAAUUCUGACAGUAGUUGUGCCCAGCUACACGCCAACUCAGAUGACGAAUCUAAUGUAGCGCAGCCACUUUCGCCGACUGACGUCAAUUUCGACAAUCCACUUUAUAACGUCAGUGACAACUUCUAGUUGUAUUGUGGUUGUGUAAUUUUAAUGAAUUGGUCGAACAAGUAGACAAGUGUUGUAUAAAUAUAUAUAAUGGUUCAGGACACUGUACGCCUUGCAUGUAUAGGGAACACAUUGAAUAAUACACGUCAGUUGGUGAUUAACAGAUACCAAUUAUACAUGCAGUUUUCCAUAUAGUUUACUUGUUCUGAUUUACGGAAUAUUGAUGUUAGAUGGUGGAGAUGCAACAUCUAUUAUUUCAAUAGCUGAUCAAAAUGGAAUCAUCACUUCAUAGCGCAGUUUCCUUUCUGCUUCAUCGCCAUAUGAACUGUUAGUUUCCUUAACAGUACAUCGUUCUGAUUCACAUGUCAAACUUAACAUUUUCAUCAAUACUGAAAUUGUCUUAUUGCUUUAUCGCUAAUUAGAUUAUAUGUUGUGUAAUAUGUUUAUAACAUAUCUUCUAUAAUUUUGAAUUUCUUUUAUAAUAAACAGAGAGAAAUAUGAAAAAUAUCAUAUAACUGUUUUUCAAAUAACACAACCAAAUAUUCAUAACACGACUACUAAAAUCAUAUGAUAUACACAAUCUAAACUUUUUUUUAAAAAAUAUGACAA